AGACGCCGCAGAUGAUACUCACAGGUACCAGGCAACUUGGUGUCAUGUUUGUCUGUAUAUAAGGCAGACGAUACUCACAGGUUCUGUGAAUUAUCAGAUCAAUGCCGGCAGAUGGAAGUUGCUAUCACUCAUACAAUGCCCUCUACAGUCCACCGUUUGUGCAAAUGGCACGUUAUGAAAAGUAUAAAGGAGAAUCUUGGGGCAUUAUAUAAGAAAGGGACCCCAUUCCGAAUUGACUUUAAUCGUCUCACGAAUGAGAUGAUGACUGUCGAUGAGUUCGACCGUGGAUGGGCUUAUCUGAUGGACACCUAUGGACUUGCUGGCAACAGGUACAUGGCACAUAUAUAUGAUUGCCGUGACAAAUGGGCCAAACCCUACCUCAGCUCGAACUUCCGCGCCAAGAUGUGUAGCACGCAACGUAAUGAGUGCAUGAAUAAUGUGCUGAAAAGCUAUGUUUCGCUUUCAGCACCUCUCAACCGUUUUGUGCUGCAGUAUAACAAGCUCAUAGCACAGCGGUGCGAGGAUGAAGACUUUGAGAUGGCACACACAAAGAAGGAUGGUAAGGUCCUCCAUACAAACUUUCCUAUCGAGCGUCACGCGUCUAAGGUUUACACGCGCUCCUUGUUCAAGUUGUUCUCCGCUGAGUUGUUCGAGUCCGGUAAUUACCUCGUUCAAGGGCCGCAAUUAGAUGGACAUGUUGUCGUGGAGCACGUGGACUCGAGUCGCCGUGCUCACUGGUGUAAGGUUAGCUAUGAGAUCAUGGUUGACCGCGAGAGCGAUACCUACAGUUGCGAAUGUGCCAUGUUUGAGCACAUGGGUAUCCUUUGUCGGCAUGCUCUGAAGGUUGUCAAGCUUGGCAAUAUGAGCGUCCCGCUCUUCAACCACGCCGUGCAGCGACUGCUAGCCCUGGAGAAAGAACUGAAUGCCAUGGCUGAGGAAGAAGCAGAAAACAAAUCAGCUGGCUUGUGCGGGUCUGAAACUUUGAGAUGCCUGAGCGCGGCGAUAGCAGCGAAGACAGCGAGCCUGAACAUCCGGACCCCGCACCGUCAGGUUCCAAAGAUGUUGUUGGCGUCAUUGCACAUGGAGCCUUGUCCCCUCCUUGUACUCACGUACAGCAGCAUGGACCGCUGCAUGCUGACAGUUGCAUAG